UUAUUUUUAUUUUCUUCCUUGUUUCAAAAAACCGAUGCAGUGUUGAUUCUGAAUUUUGGAUCACGACGGAACCCUCGUUUCUCCCCUUUCUCUCUCCGUCGCUGCAAUUGCUGCCUCCGUCGUUUUCAUCAUUCCAAUCCCUAAUUAACCCCCCAACUCACGCUCUUGCAUUUUCACCUCCGAUCAAGAGUUUCCUCAGGUUAGUGGAGCAAGGCUGUGGGUGAAGAUGAAUUUGCAACAAGUUGGGCAGCCUAAAUCUUCUAAUGGAUAUGGUCGUCGGAAAUCUGAAAAAGAUGGGGCAUCCAAAUCGGAUAAUAAGAUUCCCCCUGGAAAAUCAAAUGCUGGCAGAUUAGCGAGUACAGGUGCAGUGACAAGUAGUAAAGGUGGUAGUUAUGAGAGUCCUUCACGUGAUCGACUGGUAUAUUUAACAACAUGCCUUAUUGGGCAACAGGUGGAAGUCCAGGUGAAAAAUGGAUCUAUAUACUCUGGAAUAUUUCAUGCUACAAAUUCUGAGAAGGAUUUUGGUAUCAUCUUGAAAAUGGCUUGCUUGACAAAGGAUGGGUCUUCGCAAGGGCCGAGCUCCGGUGCGGAAUUUGUCAGCAAAGCUCCUUCUAAAACUUUAAUUAUACCUGGAAAAGAACUUGUACAAGUUAUAGCAAAGGAUGUUGCUGUUUCUACAGGUGACCUAGCCAGUGAAUCUCACUAUGAUGUGCAUCAGGAGAUCAUGGUUGAUUCGGUAAUAUCUCAACCUCGUCAUGUUGAUUUGGGGAGAGAAUUACACCGAUGGGUGCCUGAUGAAAAUGUUCCACAAUGCCCUGAACUUGACAAUAUCUUUGAUGGCUCUUGGAAUAGCUCUAGGGGCUGGGAUCAGUUUGAAACAAAUAAAAUGUUGUUUGGAGUAAAAAGCACAUUUGACGAGGAACUCUAUACUACAAAGCUUGAAAAAGGGCCUCGGAUGAGAGAAUUAGAGUUGCAAGCACUAAGAAUAGCAAGAGAAAUUGAGGGCGAGGAAACCCAAGAUAUUCAUCUAGCAGAGGAAAGAGGUCUUUACCCUGAUGACUUUGAUAUUGAUGAAGAGACCAGAUUCUCUUCCGUAUAUAGGGGUAAAGGUGUUGACGAUGAAUAUGACGAGAAUGAAGACAAUUUUUUGGAUUCACAAAAUUCCGAAACGUUUGGUGAUAUUUCCGAUUCAGUCAUUAAGAGACCAGGAAAGGUAAGUGGUGGGAAAGGCAAAAAUGGAGCUCAAACAUGGUCAAAUUUCUCCACUAUGUCAUCUCAGUCAAAAACUGGUGGAGAUGGUUCUUAUGAUCAUGCUAAGCAGUUAUCAUCUGAAGUCUCUGGUCAAAGUUACUCAUUUUCAGAUGUGGAAAGCAGGAUUCAGGAUAACUCUGUUUGUGAUCUAAUUGGAGCCAAUGGUAACACCAAGGAAGAAAAUCAGACGCAAGCUGAGGAUGUACAGCUGUCAAAAUAUCAGGAUUUGAAACCUGCACCUAACUUGAAGAAAGACGGAUCUGAUAAAGUGGGAUUAACUCCUACUAAUGCCUCCUCCUAUGCCCCCUCUACUCAUAUUUCAUCAAAGAUUGAUGAAAAAACUGGAUCACAUGGAGACUUGACUGGGGGUUCAGAAUCUGUCAAAGCAAGUUGGGAAACGAAGUCCUUAAAUUCACGAGGAAGAUCAGAUUUUGCAGCAGGUUCGGCCACGUAUUCUGGUCCAAGUUUAUCACCAAGUUCUUCACUUGGUUCACUGUCUUCAGACAAAUCAACUCUGAAUCCCUAUGCAAAGGAAUUUAAACUGAACCCUAAUGCUAAGAGUUUUGUUCCGUCUCAAGCACCUGUUAGGCCUCGCUCUCCAGUGUCUGAUGGUUCCUUCUAUUACCCAGCUAACGUUUCUACUGUACCGAGUAUGCCAACCAUGCCAAUGGGUGUCGGAGUUGGAACUUCUUUUGCCGGGCCACAGCCUAUGAUGUAUAAUCCACAAGUAGCACAAAUGCCAUCCCAACCAUAUUUUCAUCAGAAUGGACCACAGUAUGGACAAAUUCAUGGUCAUCCUAGACAAGUUCUAUACAUGCCCAAUUACCUACCCGAGACGCCGCCGCCAUAUAAGGGACGUAACUAUUAAUCGCUAAGUUGACUAUGUUCUUGACAAGUUAGCCCUUGCUUGAAAAGAAUUGACGAAGUGAGUUUCAAAUGAAGAAGAUAGUUUCAGCUUAUGGAAGGAUUCUCCAUAGAAGUUCCUUAUUUUACAAGCAAGCGGUUCAUUCUGGAACAUAAGUUAUUGAUCUUUUGAUCACUCACAUCUUUUGUGAUUCCUGUGUUUUCCUUAAUGUAGUAGCUGCUUUACUCAGAUUGGCACUCUUUCUUUAUUUAUAAUGCAACAAUUACUCUAA